AACAAAAACAGAAUGAAAGAAAAACAGAUCCUGUCAGCAGUAUUCCUGCUGUUGAAUUUGAUUCAUUACAUAUAUGGUACAUGCACUAAGCCGGUCCUUCCCGCCAACGCGUACGCCUUGACAGAGGAUAAGACGUCUUAUGCCGUGGGGGAGAAAUACACGAUCGUGUGUCUCCCUAGCUACACCCUCAAUGGGGAGUCAGACUUGAUCUGUCAGAUCGGGGGCACAUGGUCCAGCGCACCCCCUACCUGUGUAUCAGAUAGUAUUGUGGAUGUUCCAUGGUGGGUCCUUUUGUUGGGUGUUGUCGGGGGGUUAAUCCUCAUUCCAUGCUGUUUACCGAGGAUUAUAUUUUGCUUCAUGAACAAGAAAAAGAACGGAGAAGAAGACGACGAGAAGGCGCUGUACAGAGGGGGAGAGAAGGGAGGUGGGAUGUGGAGGGGUGGUCAGGGUAACCCCGUCACCCCCAUCACAGACAGGGGGAAACAUCAGCUCCACAAAAUGUGAAGAAAAGGAGAGCCAUUCGACAUGUGGAGAAAAUACAGUUCCAUCACCUUAAUUCUACACAUUUUUAGGAUACUUGAAGCUUUUAAAUUAUAUUUAUCUAUUAAAAUAUGUUUUUGAUAUUUUGUGCUACCAGAAAGUCAAAACUUAUUUGCUAUUUAAUUACAAGCACAAAAUAUAAGAUACUUUCUAUUAUAGAGUAUAAGUACACCAUAUGGUUAAUAUUUGAAACUCAAUAAUAUAAAUUUAUAAUGAAUUUUCUUUGGAAUUUUAAAUAAGACUUGAAAAGUCCGCUGGCGGA